AUGUCUGCCGCUCUCCUUCGCGUCGCCGCCCGCCGCGGCUUCUUCAACGCCAACCCCGUCGUCCGCUCCGCCCCCCUCGCCGCUCGCGCUGCCGUCCUCCUUCCCAUGGCUGCCGGCUCGGCCUCCCACUUCAGCACCGUGCCUGCCAGGCGCUCCGAGCACCAGGAGGAGACCUUCGAGGAGUUCUCUGCCAGGUUCGAGAAGGAAUUCGACGCCGUCAACGACGUUUUUGAGCUUCAGCGCAACCUCAACAACGCCUUCGCCUACGAUCUCGUUCCCUCCCCCACAGUCGUCGCCGCCGCGUUAAAGGCGGCCCGCCGCGUCAACGACUUCGCCACCGCCGUCCGCGUCUUCGAGGGCGUCAAGGCCAAGGUCGAGAACAAGGGCCAGUACGAGCAGUACCUCGCCGAGCUCAAGCCCCUGAGGGAAGAGCUCGGCCUCUCCCUCAAGGAGGACAUCUACCCCGAGCAGCAGCAGCAGUAA